AUGGAUGAUGCUGCGGUGCUUGAAAGGAAAGGUUACAGCCUGAGUGUCACGCUGGGAGAAGGCUCGUACGGCAAGGUGAAGUCAGCCUACUGCAACAAGCUGAAAUGCAACGUGGCCGUAAAGAUAAUUGACAAGAGGAAAACUCCUCGGGACUUCCUGGAAAGAUUUCUUCCCAGGGAAAUAGCUGCUUUGAAACGCUUGCACCACCCGUCGAUCAUCAAAACCUAUGAGAUCUUCGAGACAUCAAAUGGGAGAGUGUACAUCAUCAUGGAGCUGGGGGUAAAGGGAGACCUCCUGGACUACAUCAAGAUCACAGGAGCCAUGAAGGAGGACUUUGCUCGUUUGAAGUUCCAGCAGUUGGCUUCUGCCAUCAAGUACUGCCAUGACUCAGACCUUGCUCACAGGGACCUGAAAUGUGAGAAUAUCCUUCUCGACAAAGACCUAAAUGUCAAGUUAUCAGACUUUGGCUUUUCCAAAUCCUUGUCUCGGGAUGAAAAUGGGAGAACUAUUCUCAGUAAAACCUUCUGUGGGUCUGCUGCAUAUGCAGCCCCUGAAGUGCUGCAGGGCAUUCCUUGCGACCCCAAGAUUUCGGACAUAUGGAGCCUGGGUGUCAUCCUGUAUACAAUGGUCUACGCGCUAAUGCCCUUUGAUGAUUCUAAUGUUAGAAACAUGAUCUAUAUUCAGAAACAACACAGGAUUCCCUUCCCCAAAUCAAAAUACCUGACUACAGAGUGCAAGGACCUUAUUUACCACUUGCUCCAGCCCGAUGCAUCACAGAGGCUGUGUAUAGAUGAAGUUUUGAGACACUCAUGGUUGCAGACUCCAAAAUCCCAAACCCCUACCUCUCCGCCAGCUGCAGAAAUCGGUGAGUGUUCCCAAAGCCUGCAUGAGGAAAAGCCUAAGCACAACCAGGAAGCCAAAACCAAUUCAGCAGAACAGGAAGGAGAGAAGGCAAAUGGAUUCUUUUAA